AUGCAGGGUUUGUGGUCCCGCGCUGUGUCAACGCAGUCCUCCUGCCGUUGCGUCGGGUGUCUGAGCACUACCGCCAAUGGGGUCACUUCACGGGCAGCAACUGCUGCGAGACAGAGACGACUUCGAAUUGGAAAUUCCGUUACCGCGCUGUACACUAGCAUCUUCGCCGCCGCCGCCAUUGCCGACGCGAGUGUGAAGGAUCGACGCCGAAAUGACUGGGACGAAAAGAUCGCUGCCGUAAAGGCUGAAGUGAGCGAAUUGGUGGACGAAGAGCAACGGAUUCUAGCAUCACUACAAUCGCGAAGGGAGCGUCGGGGACUCGACCGCUUAAUACAGGGGAGGGGACUCGGCACCAUGCCACGCUUCCCCCUCGGUCCUCAAUCACCACCCGGUUUCAACCAAUCAAUGAGGGCUUUCCACACCGAAAGAGGGAGGUUCAAUGCUGUUGCUGCUCGCAUGGCGGAAAGUCAACUAGCAGAAAAUGAACAGGAGAUCGACGAAGUAGACGACAGUGAAAUCUUCCUGCCUUCAGAGACAUUACCCAAUUGGGUUUUGGAGGAUGACCUUCGCCUGAAAGCCAUACAGAAACUCGCCCUUCGGCAAUUCGCAAUUCGAAUGCUUCUACGACCUGCAAUUGCCCAUCGCUACUCGGGCAUAUCGAUGAACUACGCGGCGGACUUUGAGACCCCCCAGGUCGAUGUUUCGCAGCUCCUCGAGGAGCUGAACAACAUUCGGAACCGCUUGAAGUCACUGAAAACCAACCCAAGAUCUGUCUUUAGCGAUGUGAUAUCGGAAUACGGGGCCAGUCAAUUGGGCGACAUGCAGCGAGAGCGUGCGGCCCUCGAUGCUGAGCUCACCGACGACAUUCGCGCAUACACGAGUCAACACAUGUCCCUACAGGAGCUGAUUAUGCGCAUAUCGAAUAACAUCUUGAGCUCACGGGAUCCAGAUAGGCCUACGGCAUUCCGACACAUGAUCAUUGCGUUCGGUCAGACACGCCAAAAUGAUCUGGUCGAGAUGCUUCUGCGAACAUUGCUGCCAAAUCGUUUCUAUCUCAACCCCUCACUUGUGAUCACUAUAGUCACAUUCUUCAGGAAGUCGAAAAAUCUCAAGGAUUUCGAUCUAUUCCUGAAGAUGCUGGGUGGAGAGGGCUACUCCGUGAACCUGGGAAGUAGGGGUGUUUACAAGCACAGAACGGUCAAUGGUCUGGACAUUAUUGUACCGCCGCUAAACAGCAGCAAUCCAGUGAUUUAUGCGGCCUUGAUCGGGGCUGCAUUGCGCUUUGAUCAACCAGAGCGAGCUGAUGCCUGGCUCCAAGCGGCGAGAAGCGGAGGUUUCUUCGAUAGCUGGGAAACUCUUUUCACAUAUCUUCGCUUCUACAGUCUACGCCGGGACUGGGAGAAAGGCGCCAAUGUUUUGAAAAGAGCAGUCACUUACCUUGUUUCAUCCACUGAUCACCGCCUCGACUCCGUGGAGAGGCUGUUGGCACGCAUGGUUGGCCUCUGUGAUUCCUGCGACCGAGUCGAUGCAUCUGAUGCACUGGUGAAAGCAGCUGUACACAGUGGCUUCGACCCAAAGCUUCUGUCAAGACAGGUGGACUCGGCACCAUUUGCUCACCCCGACCCUAAUCGGUGGUUCAAGGCUGCCAAAACUGCUCCGAAGGAGAACCUUGAUCGCCCCCUGUGGCAGAAGUGCUAUGACUUUUCCAACACCUUCGGCGAAUACCUAAGUGAGGCCGAAAUUCCAGUGGAGAGCACCUUCACCCACAAGAAUGCCCGACUAGCCAAUCAACAUGCGGACAAGGCCAUGUUUGCCGCUACUGGCCAUAAAGCCAAUGGAAAAAGGCCUCAAGAGAACACAUCAAAUGAGGACAUCUCCAAUCUGAAAGACGAAGUGGCCCAUCUCCGCGAGCUCGUCUACGAACUUCGCAAACACCACAUCUCGACAUCCUUGAGCACAGAGUCUCCCGAUUCAGCCAAAGAGAACCAUAUUGCUCCAUCCCCCGAACAACCCAAACUUAUCAAUCAAUCACAAACCAAGAGUUCUUCUGGCAUUCGGACUUUCACCACAUCAUCCACAAAGAUCACCCUCAACAAAUCACAACCACAGUCUCCCCCGAUACCCCGAAAACGCAACCCGCGGCAAGGAAGCCGCGCAAACCCAACAUCCGUGAAAGACACGACUCACAUUUCCGAGACCGCAGCACUUGCUACCAAUCAGAUGUGA